AGCAGAAAGUUCACUCUGAUUAAGCUGCUGUUCGGACUUUGUUGGGUCUUAUUGUUGUAAAAUUUCUGUAAAAUGGCAGAGGCCAAUGUUUCAGUGGAUCAGUUCAGCUGUCCAGUUUGUCUGGAGCUCCUGAAGGAUCCAGUGACCGUUGCGUGUGGACACAGUUUCUGUAAGGUGUGCAUUAAUGACUGCUGGGAUCAGGAGGAUCUGAAGGGGGUUUAUAGCUGCCCUCAGUGCAGACGCUCCUUCGCUCAGAGGCCUGUUGUGGGUAAAAACACCAUGCUGGCUGAAGUGGUGGAGAAACUGAAGAUGAUGGAGCUCCACUCUGCUUCUCGUGCUGGACCUGGAGAUGUGGAGUGUGACGUCUGCACUGGGAGAAAACUCAAAGCCCUCAAAUCCUGCCUGGUGUGUCUGGCCUCUUACUGUGAAACUCACCUCCAGCCUCAUUAUCAGUCUCCUGCCUUUAAGAAGCACAAGCUGGUCAAAGCCUCCAGACGCCUCCAGGAGCAGAUCUGCUCUGAGCAUGAGAGACUGCUGGAGGUUUACUGUCGCACUGACCAGCAGUGUAUCUGCAUGCUGUGCACCAUGGAUGACCACAGAGGGCAUGAUACAGUAUCAGCUACAGCAGAACGAGCUGAGAAACAGAAGCAGUUGGUUGACAUUAAGAAGAAAUACCAGCAGAAAAUCCAGGAGAGAGAGAAGGAGCUUCAGGAGCUGAAGAAAACUGUGAAGUAUCACAAAAGCUCUGCUCAGGCAGCACUGGAGGACACUGAGAAGAUCUUUACUGAGCUGAUCUGCUGCAUUGAGAGAAAACGCUCUGAGAUAUCAGAGCUGAUCAGAGCUCAGGAGGAGGCUGCAGUCAGAGGAACUGAAGGAGUCCUGGAGAGACUGGAGCAGGAGAUUGCUGAGCUGAGGAGGAGAAAUACUGAGCUGGAGCAGCUUUUACUCACUGAGGACCAUCUCCAUUUCCUCCAGAGUUUCCAGUCUGUCUCAACUCCUUCUGGGUCUGCAUUCUUUUCCUCCAUCACUGCCCAUCCUCCCCACUCUUUUGAGAAGGUAGUGAAGUCUGUGUCUCGGCUGAGGGACAAAGUGGAAAAGCUCUGUGAAGAGGAGUUUAACAUGAUUUCAAUCAGAGUGAAAGAAAGACCGAUUUUUCUCCUUCCCGAACCCAAGUCCAGAGAGGAUUUUCUACUCUAUUCCUGUGAGCUCACGCUGGAUCCAAACACAGUGAAUAAAUACCUCCGUCUGUCUGAGGGGAACAGGGUGGUGAGCUACAGUGAAACAGAGCAACUGUAUCCUGACCAUCCAGAGAGAUUUGAUGUCUACCAGGUUCUGUGUAGAGAGAGAGUGAGUGGAUGCUGUUACUGGGAGGUUGAGUGGAGUGGGGGCAUUUAUAUUACAGUGUCAUAUAAAAACAUCAGCAGAAAGGGAGAUGGUAGUGGGUGUUUGUUCGGAUAUAAUGACCAGUCCUGGAGUUUAUACUGUUCUCCCUCCAGCUACUCAUUCACACACAAUUUUAAAGCCACUUUAAUCCCUGUAGUGCCCAGAUCCUGUAGAAUAGGAGUGUAUGUGGACUACAGUGCAGGAACUCUGUCCUUCUACAGCGUCUCUGAUACAAUGACCCUCCUCCAUAGAGUCCACACCACAUUCACUCGCAGCAUCUACCCUGGGUUUUAUGUGUGUUUGGGAUCAACACUGAAACUGUGCAGCUCAGAUCAGUAGAGGAGUAGUGACAUUCGUCGGGUGCAAUUUUAGAGUGAAUCAUAUAGUAAGUACUUUAAAAGCCUGUGAUAUUAAUGGAGAAGCUGUUUUAGCCUGUUAGCUGAUGGUGUCUGAACAGUCUCGUUCUAGUUAAGAAAAUAAUGAACUUCUCAGCCCCUCACUUUAAACAGCACUGGGUUCAUGCUUCAUCAAUACACUUGGUGGUCCAUGCAAGCAGGAUUUCAGUCAAAGAUUAUUCAAAGAUUAUUUAUUAUUAACAGCAGAGGGAUUUCUAGUGAAUUUUAGUAAUACAUGAUCAUAAUUAUGGAGAGAUGUUCAAUUAUAAAUACUUGACAUCAAAAGUCCUGUGAUCAACUGCGAUGAACAUGAAAUGAUUGAACAUCUCCUUAUUCACUGUGCAAGAACAACCAAGAUCUGGAAGAGACUGAUGGACAUUGGUUUGAAUUUUGAUGUCACUGUUCAAAGUAUAAUGUUGGAAAUUUUUAACAAGCUUUUUGGACCCAUCUGACAUGUUUUCUGGAAAAUGAUCGUUCAAAGAUGAAAUUUUUCAGAACAUUCCCUUUAACUGCCAAAAGUGAUGCAAAACACAUUCCACUUUUAGAAAUGAUAUUUUUAUUGAGCAGAAUGACUGAUGUGACCGUCCAUCUGGAAAAAAGACUGUAUGUAUAACUUUCUUGCUGCUCCACUUCGCAGCACAAAAGCCGUAUGUAUGAAAGACCAGCAUGUUUGAGCUGUAGUGCUCACCCUGCUGCAUCAUUACACCACGCAAAGGGUAGCAUGGGUGAAUCUGAUCUUACAAAGGUGGUGCAGUCUUGAGUCUGACGGCCACAGCUGCCCAGCAAAGCACCAAAAAAUAAUUGCUGUGUGGUUCUUUUUUUGUGUGUUUGCUGCGAAUAAAUAUCAUUUGGCAAAGUAACUUCACAGUGAGCCUGAUGACCAUGACUGCUGUGUUAUUUCAGCAGAGGAUAAUGUGUUUGUGAAUAGACUCUGUCCGAUAUUGGAUGUCAGUUUGCCUUGAAGGGAUAAAACUUUGGUUGCAGGCACGAACGGGACAAAAAAUUCAGAUUUUCUGUGGGAGUGGGACAAAAUCCUAAAAGUGGCAGUGAAUUUAAGGUAGCGCGAAGAGUUUAAGGUUGCAGUGAAUUUUAGGUGGUAGCGGGUUUAGCUUAGCAGAAAGUUUUAGGUGGUAGUGAAUGUAAGGUGGUAGGGAAUUUAAGGUGGUAGGGAAUUUAAGGUCACCGUGAAUUAAUUCAAUUAUGUAAUAGUGGAAGUUCUUUGGAAAAUGUUAAAAGGUUUCUGUGCUCUGUUUCUGAAAAUGUACACGUAUCCUUUAUAAAGCUGUGAGGUGGUCAUAGUUGAGUGUAUAUUGAAUAUUUUACAAUGGCUUUAAAAUGGCUCAGCCAUUCAGACUUCAGGAUCAGAACUACAGUUCUAUAUUUUAGAGGUUGCAAUGUCUAAAUGACUCUCUACUGAUGGAAAUAAAUGAUAAUAGAUGGUACAUUUUUACAUUUUUAUCUUUUUCCAACUCCAACAUUUUUUAUCCAUUAGAAUUAUUGUUACUGUGCCUUGUACUUACUGUGAUGUAUGCAAAUGAAUUCUGUUCUGACUAGCAGUCCUUUAUUAUACCUCAUUCCUAAAGCGGUAUGAGUGCAAUUUAUUGGGCAGGUAGGCAGGUUGCAUUUGCAGAACAGCUUUAUUGCAGGAAGUCCAACUUGACCUUGGGUCAAGGUCAUUACAGGCAGGCAACAUCAGAGGCAGAUCCAUAUCCAAAAACCGACAGACAAAGCAAGGGUCAAAACUUGGGAACCAGAAAACAGGCUCAGAACUCAGAACACAGACACAUUUCAAAAUAUCAGCCAAAAAAAAGGAGUUUAUGUAGAAUGAAUUAGUCUAGAGAGUGUAACGGAGAAGUGAACGGAACUAGAGUGACGCUGAAAAGGAAAAACAAACAUAUGGCUCAGCCAUGUUCACUACUGCACAGGCCCAGGAGGGAAGACUUUGUGACAGUAAUGAUUCACUCUCUACACACAGACAUGAACACAGUUACUGCAGCCAUUUGGGAUCAAACACUGUAAUCAGUCACAUUCCUGGAGAAACUUGAGAAAUGAAGAAUCAGGAGAAAUUAGCUGUAUUUGUGAGCUGAGUUUAUGGGUUUUAAUCUUGUUUACAAAAGUAUGAUAAUGUAUGUAAAGGUCUAAUGUACCACAUAUCAAAAAUAAAUAUUGCAAGAAUCGU